CGGCCGCGGGUGCACAGCUAGGAGAGGAGAGGAGAGAGCGAGAGAGAUCAACGUGUACUGCGUACAGUGUGCAAUGCAAUUAGGUUCAGCUUCAGCAGUGCAGGGCCAGGGUGAGGAAGAAAUAUCGCAACAGGGCCACCACAUUCAAUGACAUCAUCGAUCAUAUCCACAUCACACGUUACACGUACAAUUUGUAGCUUGAUAGACCAAGUACCUCUUAUUCUACUGUACUUAUUGAACACAAAAUUACAGAAUGGCGGAUAACGAAGUCAAAGGGAAACAAUUCAUGGCUGAUGCUGACAAGAAGCUGAAGUCUUCGCAGGGAUUUUUUGGUUCUAUGUUUGGAGGGCCACAGAAACAAGAGGAAGCAUGUGAGCUAUAUCAGAGGGCUGCUAACAUGUUUAAGAUGGCAAAAAAAUGGCAAGAGGCUGGUGAUGCAUUUUGUCGAGCAGCCACCGUUUCUAUUAGUCUGGACAGUAAGCAUGAAGCAGCCACAAGCUAUGUAGAUGCAGGCAGCUGCUACAAGAAAGUCGAUCCUAAAAAGGCUAUAUCUUCUUUGCAGCAGGCAAUAGAAAUUUACACAGACAAAGGCAAGUUUACAAUGGCUGCAAAGCAUUACAUCAGCAUAGCUGAGAUCUAUGAGAAUGAACUGAUUGAACUGGAUAAAGCUAUUGAGAACUAUGAGAAAGCUGCUGACUUCUACAAAGGAGAGGACUCUAACAGCUCUGCUAAUAAAUGUCUGUUGAAGGUAGCCAUGUAUUCAGCUCAACAAAUGAACUAUUCCAAGGCAUGCCAGAUCUAUGAAGAAGUAGCUUCAUCAGCUAUGGACAAUUCUCUUCUCAAGUAUAGCGCAAAGGAUCAUUUCUUCAAGGCGGCAUUGUGUCAUCUUUGCAUAGACCUUCAGAAUGCACAGUUAGCAUUACAGAGAUAUAAUGACUCCUUUGCUACGUUUGCAGAUAGCAGGGAAUAUAAACUUUUACAGAAAUUAAUUGGAGCUUUAGAAGAUCAGAAUGAAGAUGCCUAUACCGAAGCUGUGAAGGAGUAUGAUUCUAUCUCUCGUUUGGAUCAAUGGCUUACUACUAUUUUAUUGAGGAUUAAGAAGAGCAUUAGCAGUGAUCCUGACCUACGGUGAAUCAUCUUACAAUCAAUAGUCUGAGGCAAAUAACACAUCAUAUUAACCAUGCAUGUACAAUUGAAGUUUGUUUGCUGCAAUCAGUCACUUCUGUUCUCUCUAUGUGUAUGUAUGUAUAUAUUAAAUAUAUAUAUUACAACAAAUAUUAUGCCAAGUGUUUGUAUGGACAUAAACAGUUAAUCACAUCAUUUUUUGUAUGUCUUGAAGAUGAAACGAGGGGAGUUCAGAUGAUUUUGGUUUAUUUGUUUACCUGCCUCCCCUGCUUCAUCCCCAAGCUACCCUCUAUAGUUUGUAUGUCUCUGCCAAAUAGUUAUUACAAAGGUAAAGGUAGUUAGUAAGGUAGUGAAUGUGUGUAAUUGGGUUUUUACAGACGUGUAUCAAUCAGAUAUAAUUAUUUACAUCUGUAUAUAAAUGUAUUGAAAACCAAACCUUUUUUAAAAAUCCUUUACAAGUACCCUGUUUUUCCUUUUAAAUACCUCUGAUGAAAAGAGGUUAGUUUGAAAAAAGCAAUGAAGAGACACCAAUGUAGAAUAGUAUAAUAAAUAGUGAGAAAAUAAAUGUGAUGUAGAGCAAAUCAAGUAGCAAAUAAAGAAGUGGUGGGGGGGGGGGGGGGAUGAUGGUUUGUCUUUCCUUGACACAUUUUUACCUUUACUAUCAUUAGGAUUAAAUGAAUCGUUUCAUGACGAAGGUAUUGAAAGACAAUACAUAUGAUGCAAGUGAUUUCGGUGUUUUCUAAAUAUAUGUAGCUUCAUUUAAUGGUAUUUUGAUGUAUGUCAAAUUCAAUAAGCUCUUCAGUAUUCUUACUUGUAUUGUUAAAUGAAACUAUAUGAUCAAAGAAUGAUUUUCACUUCUACUCGGUAAAUCUAUUAAGAAGGAAUUGGACAACUGGAUAUAAGUAAAAUGUACUGUUUAUUGAUUGAUUCUUAUCAAGGGUAAGAUAUGUAUACUGAAAGUCUUGCCAACAUUGUUUUCAUGGUCCAAGACAUACAUUCUUGUAAUGCCUUUUAUUGUCAAAAAUAGAUUAGUUAGAUAUAUCCAUGCAUAUUGAUUUAAUGUAUAUUUUGUCCUAGGAGUAGGACUAAGUUUAUAAGCAUGGUAGUAUACAUUAAAUGUGCAUUGAUGUCUUCUCUUGUAGUUAGACUACUCAUGAUGAAAGAACCCUUUUGCAAUUACAUGUACAUCAGAAGUUCUAUUAUGACCGUCUUUCUUCUUUAUAGUUAAUUAUAGAAAUAUCCAGUUUUAACCAAGUGAGAUCAUUUCUUUUAAUUUUCCAUCGCAAACAGUGAAGAAAAUAUGCUUUGCCAAUGCUUUUACUAAGAUUUGUUCAUGUUGAUAAAAUAAUGAUAAUACAGUGAAUUUUUAACUUGCCUAAUACUAUGUUUCUAGGCACUAUGGUGAUUUUGACCUAGCAGCCAUUAAGUAGAGGUGUUGUGGUCUAGUGGAUAAGUCAUUGGACUUUGGAUCACAGGGACUGCAGUUCGAGUCCCGCCACGGCUCUAAUGUCCUUUGACAAGAUAUUAAUCUACAUUUGCCAUUCUCCACCCAGGUGUUAAAUGGGUACCGGUAGGAAGGAAUUCCUUGAAUGCUGUGAGCGCCGAAAUCGGCUGCCUAGCAGAGCCGGGGUAAUAGUUGAAGUGCUUUGAGCACCAUGCAUGGUGGAUAUGUGCGCUAUACAAAUAUCCAAUAUUAUUACCGGUAUUAUUAUCAAAAGUAUAGUACUCUUAUGUGUUACGUAAUGGACCUUUUCUUUAUUUUACUGUUAAAUAAAUGCACCUGUAGAUAUUAAAGGGCAAGUCCACUCAAAAAAUAACUUACUUUCAAUAGAAGCAGAAAAAUUAGACAAACGAAUCAAAAAAAGUUUGAGAAAUGAAAAUCAGACUGCCAAUUGGUCGUGCUAAUUUGCAGUCAGAUCAUUCUGGGUAUAGAGUCAGCAUAUCAAAGUGGAAGGGUUAGAAGUAAUUAAUUAGUUCUUGCUCCAUCUAGAGAUCUGAAUUAUCCUUGCUGAGGUGCACUUUGGAUGUAUAAUGAGUAGACAAGUGACAAAUUGAUCUCAUGAACAUUAGAGCUUUUAUAUAAAAGCAACAAUUAUAUAUUUGUAUUCAUAAGUUAAUUAAUUUUGAAGACUCUUUAUUUAGGGUUUAUUUCUUGUAAAAGAUUAUGUCAGUAAAUUUCAUGAAUUUAUCUGCAUGUAUUUGGGUGUAGGUGUGAUAUGUGCUUUGUUAUUUAUUUUGUUCCUAAUUGUAUUGAUUAGCAAGCUGUUUAGAAUUAGUUGUCUGAAUUUAGCAUUUUAUACAUCUCUGUACAUUUGGAAGGUUACUUGGAAUCCCUUUCAAUUGGUUGCCAAUUGUGUAUCCAGUAUAUUAUGAUUAUAAAUAGUGAGCUUGUAAUACACAGUGCAGUGAGUCAACAAAUGGUAUGCAGUGUUAGAUAGGUAAAAAUGGGGUCAGAUUUGCAGAAAUUUUGCAAGGCAAAACAAUUUGUGACUCUGUUGCUCUAAUCUGCAGUCUGUUAUCUAAAGCUCACUUGGUUAAAAGCUAGACCAUAAAUCCAGAAUGUUAUGACAUCUGAAUAAAGAGGAUAAGAUAUCAAUUUUUCUUAUCAAAUUAUACAUUCUAUCAUAAAUUAUAUGGAAUGAGAGCAAAAGCUAACAAAUUGAUACAUUUUCAGAAGCUAUCCGAACAUAGGUAAUAUUAACUCCAUUAUUUUAAGCAAAUCGUUGUUCAUUAUUUUCAACUUAACUUCACAUGAAGCCUAUUGUAAAAUUAAAGUUGCCAGCCUGGUAGAACUAUAUAAGGAUACAACAUCUGUCAAGUUUAAAGGUAAAAAGAAAUCUUGGCAUAACACUUACUCUGAGAAGUACUUAGUAGUUUAUACAACAGGUAUAGUGAAAUACCUGUAUUUUUAAAUCCUGACUUGAUAUUCCUUUACAUGAUCUUUGGGGAUUUGGAUUUAGUGUAACAUCCCUAUUGACCUCCUUUUCAGAUAUUGGAGAACAAAAAGAGUAUAAAAAAAAGAAGACUAAAUUACACAUGAAUGAAAAUUGCCCUUGCCCCCCCCCCCCUUAUAUUUUUUGUUAGAACUAUGUGUACUAAAAAUUGAGUUAUUUGGAUAACUUGUUAAUCUUUUUACCUGUAGGAGAAUUACUGUGUUUAAGAAUCUAUAAAUAUAUAUAGCUCUUCAUUCAUUCCAGGUGUUAUUUGAAUUGUAAAGUGCAAGUUUUGAGCAUGUAUUAUGGUCCAUCAUAUAUGUUACCUGUCAAUUUUAUAAGAAAGUGUACAAAUAUAAGUACAAAUAUAACUGUAUAUACUUAUUAGGUGAAAUGAUUAAAAAAGAGUUGUAGAUGGCUUUAAGAAGAUUAAUCUCUCAUUAUUGAACUAAUCAGACCUGUGUCGCACUAUCUCAUUAGAUGACAAAACCUCAAGAUUUCAAUUUCAACUGAAUUGAAAAGAUUUUUUGAUUGUUCAUUAAUUCAAAGAUGUCUUCUAAUAACUAAUGUAUGGGUUAAACUGUGCAAUUAGAAUGGAAAAAAAGUCAACCCUCUUUGUUCCUCGAUCAGAAUUAAGCUAUAUUUCUGUGCUACUUUUACAUUUAUCAGUGAAGUUAAUUGAAAUGAAACUUGUCUUGUAUUGAAACAUGAAUCCUAAAAUGUCAUGUAUUACAUAUUGUAGUCACAAUUAAUACAUCAAUAAAUUCAUGAACGAAUGCAGUCAAUUUA